AUGGGUCAAGCUUUUCGGAAGCUGUUUGAUACUUUUUUCGGCAACUCCGAGAUGCGAGUGGUGAUGCUAGGGCUUGAUGCUGCAGGGAAAACUACCAUUUUGUAUAAGCUCCACAUUGGUGAAGUUUUGUCUACUGUUCCUACUAUUGGUUUCAAUGUGGAGAAGGUUCAGUAUAAGAAUGUGAUUUUUACAGUCUGGGAUGUAGGUGGACAGGAGAAACUGAGACCAUUAUGGAGGCAUUAUUUUAACAAUACAGAUGGACUGAUAUAUGUUGUUGAUUCCCUGGAUAGAGAGAGAAUUGGAAAGGCAAAAGCAGAAUUCCAGGCCAUCAUCAGAGAUCCAUUUAUGCUAAAUGCAGUCAUCUUGGUAUUUGCAAAUAAACAGGAUAUGAAAGGGGCAAUGUCGCCGAUGGAAGUUUGUGAAGGCCUUGGUCUGUAUGAUCUUAAGAACAGAAAAUGGCAUAUACAGGGAACUUGUGCACUUAAAGGCAAUGUUGGUGGUGGGUGUUGCUGGGAUGAGCUUAUUGGGGGAGAGAGGGAAGGCCAUCUUGUUGGAACAAGGAUUUGGGUGGUGGCACUUACUACUUCCGUGGGGUUGGGGGUUGAGAAGAAUUAA